AUGAGCCAAAGGCCAUCUCUUCAUCACUCUCCGCAGUCUGAAACACAUCCAUCUGUCCCUCAUGAUGAUAAGGAAUCUUUUACCUACGACACAGCUGCCGUUGAGAGCAGAGAAGCCUCGCCCUUGACCAGACUCGACUCGACAGUCUUCAAUACAUACUAUCCCUGGAACACAUCCCGAGUCACCGGAGAACAGCCAGUGAAUGCCAAGGUGGCCAUUCCUCGACUUGACCUUCCACUUGUAAGCAAUAAUGGUCGAGUCAGCCGAGCAUGCCACAACUGUCGCAAACAGAAGAAUAAGUGUUCUGGCCAUCAACCUUCAUGCCUCCGGUGUCAGGAGGCCGGUGUUCUUUGUGUCUACGUCGAUGGAAAACGCGAGAGGAAUGCUAGGUCUGUGAUUCCCCCGAAUGUAUCGUCGCCCAACAUAUUUACCCAAGAAUUUAGACAACUUACAGCCAUAACGGUCCAACUACAACACUACGAGUCUCUCAUGCGUGAUAUUUAUCCCAAAUUCGACGUCGAGCUGGCCAAAAUCGUCGAUCAAGCUCUCCAGAAAAUAUCUAGCAUUUCCCUAUCAUCGCCGACCGUCGCCAAAACACCAGAUGAGACAGACCCAUCAACCCGAACGUUUUCCUACGUGGAUCAUACCCUGGAGGAUUUCAAUGGAAACCUUUUACUGCAAGCGAUUGGCUUUAUAGGAGAACAUUCGGCAACGGCAUGGUUAUACAGGCUUAGAUGCCUGAUCGGCCAAACAAGUUCCAAUCUGGAAGGCCAGUUCAAGGAAUCGGCCCGUCCCUCAAUUUCUUCCUGUGGAUUCUUUAUGGAUGAUACUGGAAUCCCUCUGAUAAACGAUCUAGAUGUCUUCGCAUAUCCGCCACAAGCGAUCGCCGAUGAACUUGUGGACAGAUACUUCCAAGUUGCGCAUGCCUCCUUUCCUGUUGUGGGAAAAGAGAUUUUCCUAAGCCAGUGUCGAUCAUUCUACUCGAACUCAACAACAUACCCCGGAAACAGAUGGAUGGCGCUACUGAAUAUGGUGUUUGCGAUAUCUGCAAGACAUUCCGAGCUUUCCGGCGACCAACCUCGACCAGAACAAGAUCUCCAUACGGUGUAUUUUUCUCGUGCCUGGCGAUUAAGCAUGAGCGAGAGUGUACUGCUGUUGGAUAAUCCCAACCUGCAGCAGACACAGGUGGAGGGGCUAAUAUCACUCUACUUGCUUGCCAUUGGACAUGCUAAUAGGGCAUGGAGAACAUGUGGCAUUGCAAUUCAGUCGGCGAUCGCGAUGGGAAUCCACCUUCGUAGCGAAAGCCCUAGAAUCACACACGUGUCCAAAGAAACCAGAUAUCGGCUAUGGUGGGCGCUGUACCUGUUGGACAUACUCCUCUGUGUGAUGACUGGACGCAUGCCCAGAAUACAACAGGAACACUGCACGACCCCUUUACCGGUGCCAUACAAGGAGGAAGACUUCAGGGAUGAGCAUGUGAUGAGGCUUAUCUUGGAUAAUCAAUCCAGAGGUCGUCUUAUGGCUUCUCUACUCUCCUUUGAUCCCUCGGUUGAACCAAACGACUCUUUAUCCCAUUCGCCUUCUCCACAGUCCAUGCCUCAACGGGCAUCACCCAGUCAACAGCUCCAGGCUAACGUCUCAUUAUACUUACUUUAUUCCAUUGACUUGGCAGCUGUGAUGAGAGAAGCAAUCGAGAUCCUGUAUUCCCCCGAAGCGGGACAAAAAUCGCGGAAUGACACCGAGCUGGCCAUGACAUCGCUUAACAGCGCCGCUGACAACUGGUUUUCUCGGCUUCCUGAGACUUAUCGUUUCAUGGAAACUAAGGUUGACCGGGCCUUUGUCCGUCAGCGGACAAGUUUGGCUUUUCAAUACUAUUCGACCAAACUUGUCAUUUCGCAACCUGCCCUUCGUUCUCAUAUGUCCGGUGAAGAAUUUCCCACUGCCAUUGAAACCCCAAUGGCAAUGGUUUGCUUCAAUGCAGCAUGCCAAAUGCUGGAUCUCUUACCCAAUGAACCAAACAUCUCCUGGCUCUUGGGUUCCUCACCUUGGUGGUGUGCUCUCCACUACCUCACGCAGAGUACCGUAGUGCUCAUAACACAGUUGCUCACCCAGGAUCGAACGAGGGCUAGUGAAAGGAUCGAGCUAUCGGAAAGAGCCCAAAAGGCUCUGCGAUGGUUGAGUGAAUGUUCCACCAAGGAUCCCUCUUUCAAGCGGGCUUGGGGUAAUUUUGCGGGGCUCAUGUCGUCCCAUGGAUCAGAGGUUUUAAAAUAA